AUGGGUUUUAGUCGACCUAUUCCUGCUCCUGGAUUUCAACGCGAUCCUGAUAUUUCGAUCCCUUCAAGACAUCAACCCAAUCAUAUACCUUCAAAUGAAGUGGAUGGUGAAUUAUUGGAUAGUAGUUUUAUUGGAAUGAGUGGUGGUCAGAUCUUUCAUGAGAUGAUGUUACGGCAUGAUGUUAAACACGUCUUUGGUUAUCCCGGUGGAGCGAUCUUACCUGUCUUUGAUGCGAUCUACAAUUCCAAACAUUUCAAUUUCAUCUUACCUAGACAUGAACAAGGCGCAGGACAUAUGGCAGAAGGCUAUGCCAGAGUGUCUGGAAAGCCUGGGAUCGUUCUGGUCACCUCGGGUCCGGGUGCUACUAAUACCAUCACACCUAUGCAAGAUGCCUAUAGUGAUGGGACUCCGAUGAUUGUCUUUACGGGUCAGGUGGCUACUAGUGCUAUUGGGAGUGACGCGUUUCAGGAAGCUGAUGUGAUUGGAAUCAGUCGAAGUUGUACGAAAUGGAAUGUUAUGGUUAAAGAUAUCACCGAUCUACCACGUCGGAUCAAUGAAGCUUUUAAGAUUGCUACCUCUGGACGACCUGGACCUGUGUUGGUGGAUUUACCAAAAGAUAUGACGGCUGGGAUUUUAAGAACACCGAUCCCAUUGAAAUAUACUCAACCUGAUUUAGUAGAACGAGCCUUACCUUCUAAUCCUUUACGAUCACGUUCAAGAUCUUCUCAACCAAUUCCUUCUGGAUCACGAAACCAUCUUACAGCUGAUCCUAGUUUAUUACAACAAGCCUCUAAGAUGAUCUUGAAUGCUAAAAGACCAUUAGUUUAUGCUGGUCAAGGAAUACUAUCUUCUCCAGAUGGACCUAAGUUAUUGAAACGGUUAUCUGAUGAAUGGAAUAUACCGGUCACUACCACUUUGAUGGGUAUGGGUGCAUUUGAUGAAGAAGAUCCGAAAAGUUUACAUAUGUUGGGGAUGCAUGGAUCGGCUUAUGCUAACUUGGCGAUGCAAGAUGCGGAUGUGAUCAUUGCUUUGGGUGCAAGGUUUGAUGAUCGAGUGACUGGAAAAGUGGAUACUUUCGCACCUCAUGCUCGAGCAGCUGCAGCUCAAGGUCGUGGAGGAAUUAUUCACUUUGAAGUGCAACCUAAAAACAUAAAUAAAGUAGUCAAUGCGACUUGCGCAAUCGAAGGAGAUGUCGUCGAGAACCUAGGCGAAUUACUUGAAAUGAUGCCUAAACGACCUGAUGGAGCACCUUCUAGAACAGAAUGGAUAGAUACGAUCCGAAGCUGGAAAGCUAAAUAUCCAUUUAUCUAUGAACCAUCCUUACCAGGAGAAAUGAUGAAACCACAAGAAAUCAUCGAAGCUUUAGACCAAUGGGCUAAAUCCAAAGAAGGACGUAAAGAAAACUUAAUUAUUUCGACUGGCGUGGGACAACAUCAGAUGUGGGCUGCUCAACAUUAUCGUUGGACUUCUCCUAGAUCGAUUGUUACUUCGGGAGGAUUGGGGACCAUGGGAUAUGGACUUCCGGCGGCUAUUGGGGCUAAGGUCGCUCAACCUCAAAAGUUUGUCGUUGAUAUUGAUGGGGAUGCUUCGUUUUCUAUGACUGCUAUGGAGUUGGCUACCGCUCAUGAGUUUGGGAUUGGAGUUAAAGUCAUUGUACUUGAUAAUGAAUUUCAAGGAAUGGUACUCCAAUGGCAAGACCUCUUCUACGAAUCAAGAUAUUCUUCAACUCGAAUGACCAACCCGGAUUUCUGUGCAUUAGCUAAAUCGAUGCAUUGUCAUGCGAUUUAUUGUGAUAAGAAAGAAGAUUUAAAGUUGAAGAUGUCGGAGUUUAUGGAAUAUGAUAAUGAUCGACCGGUUUUGUUUCAUGUGAAAGUGACGGAUCGUGAACAUUGUUUUCCUAUGGUGCCUGCGGGGAAAGCUCUUCAUCAACAAAUCUUACAUCCUUUACUUAGGAAAUGA